AUGGAAGCUUGUCUUAUACCAUUGUUUCAAUGGGUUUGGGGGAUAACCGGUGAGCCCUUGGUGAAUGCAGUUAAACGUGAGACUGGUUACUUGGUUAACUAUGACCGCAAUAUUAAGAAUGUUGAUAAGGAAGUUGAGAAGCUUGAGAGUCUGAAAGGAAGUGUGAAACCACCGUUUGAGGCAGCCAAGAGGAUCGGGGAAGAUACUGAAGCUGGUGUCGAGAGUUGGCUUACAGAAGUGGAUACCAUCACCCCAGUGGUCAGAAAGCUUCUGGAAGAUGAAGCUAACGCGGCCAAGAGGUGCCUGUGCGGAUGGUGCAUCAACUGCCGCUCCCGAUACUACUUUAGCAAAAAAGCAAAGCUGAAAACUGAUGAAAUUACUGCUCUCAUUGAAGAAGGCAGCAAAUUCCAGAUUUUGUCCCGCCCUGCUCCACCACCACAAAUAGAAGCUUCUUCAAGGAAAGAUUUUUGCACUUUUAAAACAAGAGCAUCAGUCACGGCAGAGAUUAUGGAUGCUUUGAAGGACGACAACACUCACUUUAUUGGAAUUUGUGGAAUGGGAGGGGUGGGUAAGACGACACUAGUGAAGGAAAUUGGCAGACGUGUCAAAGAGACUGAGCUAUUCGGCCAGGUUGUGAUGGCCGUUGUUUCUGAAACUCCAAUCCUGACAAAGAUCCGAAAGGAAAUCGCUGACAUGUUAGGCUGCAAGCUAGACGACAACGUCAGCGAAUCACAGAGAGCACGGUUAUUAUGGCAAACAAUAAAGGCCAAGGCGAAACCAGUCCUGGUAAUACUUGACGAUGUUUGGGACAAACUUGAUCUGGAGGCUGUUGGCAUUCCUUUUGGGGAUGAUCAUAAGGGUUGUAAAGUUGUGUUAACCACUCGACGCCGAGAUGUUUGUUAUGGAAUGGGAGUUCAAAAGACUCUUCAUGUGGGCGUGUUGCCGAAUGAAGAAGCAUGGGUCCUUUUCAAGGAGAUGGCCGGUGGUGAAUGUGUGGAUUCAAAUCCCAAUGCAAGAAAGGUAUCAGAUGAAUGCGGUGGUUUGCCACUUGUCAUUGUGACAAUGGCUAGAGGGUUGAAAGAUAAAGACCAGUACGUGUGGGCUGUUGCGGCUGAGCAGCUGAAGAAGUCAAACCCAAAAAAUAUCAACGGCAAUCUGGAGAAAGAAGUGUAUGCCAAACUAGAGUUGAGUUUCACUUAUAUCAGUACAGAGGAGGCCCAACUAUUGUUCUUACUCUGUUGCUUGUUUCCAGAAGAUCAUAACAUUCCGAUGGAAGACUUGACGAGAUACGCCAUGGCGCUGAGGAUGUUUGAAGGUGUCACCACCAUUGAAGAAGCAAGAGGUCUAGUCUAUAUUGAGGUAAGGAGGCUUAUUGAUUCUUUUAUGUUGUUGGAUGGCUCUGAGAAAGGGUUCGUUAAAAUGCAUGAUGUUCUUCGUGAUGUUGCAAUAUCUAUUUCGUCUAAACCUAAGGGCGGGCACAAUUCAAGAAGAAAAAAACAUGAGGAACACCAGUUUAAGGUUAUGGCUGGAGUGAGCGAUUGGCCAGAAGCACAAACAUUUGAAAAUUAUUCAGCCAUCUCAUUGAUAUCGAAUAAUAUUCAUGUGCUUCCUGGUGAGCUACAAGCCCCAAACCUUCAGAUCUUGCGACUUCAAUGCAAUUCUCUGUUGCAAAUUCCAAAUGACUUCUUCCGAGGAUCGAAAGAUCAAUUGAAAUUUCUAGAAUUGAGCGGUAUCCAUUUCUUGCCAAUACUUCCACCAGCACUUCAACCGCUCUCUAGUACCCUUCGAACCCUUCAUCUAACUUCUUGCAAGUUAGAGGACAUAUCUAUGAUAGAAAAACUAACGAAUCUUGAGAUUCUCAGCUUUAGUGGUUCUGAAAUCUGUGAAAUUCCGGUCCAUAUUGCCAAAUUGACUAGCCUAAGACUCCUUGAUUUGACCAACUGUGGAAAGCUUACCAAAAUAGCACCAGGCGUCAUAUGCAAACUUCCUAAAUUAGAGGAGUUAUAUUUGCCCGAACUUUUUAAGUUCGACCAUCUUGUUGAGCUAAAUUCCUCUUCUCGAUUGGCUUGCCUGCAAAUUUUUAUUCCAAUUGAUCUUUUGCAUAUAGAUUUAUGCAAGCGCGCGCAAAAGUUAACAAGUUUCAACAUAACAAUUGCCACUGGAAAAGGAUUUCAGAUUCCCUAUGAAUAUAAACCUUAUGAAGCUCAUCCUUAUCUACGCAUGGGAAUCUUGAGAAUUGACCAUGAUGGGAAUAUACCAUUAUUACCGGAUUGGGUUAAGUUGCUGUUAGAGAAGACUAGUCAUCUACUUUUGCGUAAUUUGAAGAAUUUUAAUAAUAUCUUCAGUGAACUAAAUGAGGAGGGCUUUAAUUCAUUAAUGUCUCUCGAACUCUAUUACCUUGAACACACUAAAUAUCUGGUGAACACAAUGGAGUACUCAAAACCGCGGAGGGCCUUUGGCAGCUUAAAUUUUUUGCGGAUUAGUUACCUAAUCCACUUAAUUGAAAUAUGCCAUGGUCAACUCCCGGAUGGAUCUUUCUGCAAUGUUCGAGAACUACAGGUGCAUUGGUGUGUAGACAUGGAGAAGCUAGUUUCAUCCAGCUUGCUAGUAAGGCUAAACAGGCUUGAGAAACUCCAUGUCACGAAUUGUGAUAAGCUGGUACAUGUUUUUGAAGAGCAUGUCGGUGCAGAAAAUCUAGUGUUGCUCUCAAUGCUGAAAGAAAUUGAUCUAUGUCAUUUGCACGAGAUGACACAUGUAUGGAAGGACGGCCCCCAUCAAUUUAUUAGCCUCCAUAACCUUGAGAAGGUCUCUGUGAUUCAGUGUCCCAAGUUAAAAAAGUUAUUCUCACCAACGCUAUUAAAAGGGCUUGUUCGCCUGAAAUCUCUCGAUGUUCAUUACUGUGAUGAAUUGGAAGAAGUAUUUGGACAUGAUAAGGAUGAUCCUCACUGUAGAGUCCCUUGUUUGAGAAGCCUCACCAGUAUUAGUGUGCAUAAUUGUGAAAAGUUAAAAUGCCUUUUCUCAACCUCCAUCAUUCAAGGUGAUCUUGAGAAACUCGAAAAUUUGAGGGUACAAAGCUGCCCUGCAUUGCAAGAAAUAAUUAAGGAUGAGAAAGGAGAACAAGAAGCAGCUGCAGUUGAGAAGAUUGUAAUUCCUUACUUGUACUCAAUAUCACUUCUGUAUUUGUCCAAACUCAAGAGUUUCUCAACCGGACGUUAUACUAUUGAAUGGCCAUCUUUGGAAAACCUGUACAUCGAUAAAUGUCCCAAGGUAGAGACUUUCGGUAAUGGAGGCCAAGUAGCACCUCGACUGAAGAAACUGAAAGUUGCAAACGGGUCGAUUGAUGUGAUCGUUGGUGACCUUAAUAUCGCUGUGCAAGAAUACAUCAAACCGAAGGCACCGGCUUUGGAGGCAAGUCCCAGUCACUCUUCCCCGUAA